AUGGGUGUAUACAUGAAUAUGAAAUUCCCUCGAAUCUCCAGGAAAGACACAGUAUCUUCCUUCAGUCAACAGGACAAGGACGCCGCAGAGGCACUGGCAAGACAGAAACGUCUAGAGGCCUUCUCAGCCAAAUCUCAUGUUUUCAGACGGACACCCAGCAAACGCAGUUUCAAGCGAGAUGAACUGUACUCUGCCAUAGACUCAGCCAUUCGGAGCGACAGCUCACUAGGCAUGCUAGAGUACCUGUUAACGCAGCUCAGGGAGACCAAGUCGAAGAAGAGCUUUUUCAAAACCCAGGAAGAUCCAAUGGCUCUUGACAUGACCGACCUCCUGAGACUGGCCACAGAGAAGAGAAACUCGAGCUUUCUGGAGAUUCUAUCUCCUCAUGUCGAUCAAUGGGGCCUUGAUGCGGCCCUGGGCCUUGCAGUUGCAAGCAUGGAUUUGCAUUGUAUCAAGGCGUUGCUGCAGAACGGAGCGGAUCCCAAUGCGUGCCACCAACAAUUCAUCACAGCCGUCGGUAACGGGCACGUUGCCGUCGUUGAGAUGUUAGCUGGAACCGAGAAGAAGCUUGAUAGCGCUUGUCUGGACGAAGCGCUUCCAGUGGCGGUAUCGAUAGGAUCUAUGCGGUUAAUUAUGUGUCUGCUGCAUAACGGGGCGAACGCGGACACUGACCAAAUCCUGGAAACUGCCGUCCGAGCUGGGAGACUUGAUAUUUCUGCUGCCCUUGUGCUCGCCAGUCGACCUCCUUCUCAUGUCUCACUUGAUUGUGCGGCCGGAGUUGCCUACCAUUCAAACAACCUUAGCUGUGAGGAACGGGAUUCACUGCUGGAAUUGCUCCUUUGCGCUGGCGCGAACGGAGACUGUGUCGCGCGAGCUUUAGUGAGCUCUGUUGUCGCCAAUGAUAAGCGAUCUGUGUCUCUUAUCGUCUCAUACAAUGGAAACGUCACAUAUAACUCCUGCGAAGCCAUCAUAGCCGCCAUCAAGGGGGGAAACUUACACUUACUGGAUAUCCUGUUUAAGGGUGAAAUCGAUCCCGACGCUGCCUCCAUCGCGCUCUCUAGAGUUCCUGAGGUUGCAUCAAACCUAUCUCAGACAAAAAAGCUAUCACUUAUUGCUCACUUUGUAAAAUGUGGCGCGUACGGAAACCCACUAAAUCAAUGCCUUGUUGAUGCAGUACAGAAGAAUGAACGGAGCUUGGUGGACUUGUUGGUUCAAUACAAUGCUUCAGUUGACUAUGAUGACGGUCAUGCACUACGACUGGCUAUUUCAUCCGGAGCCCUUCCCACUUUCAGGAAACUCAUGGAGGGGAAGCCUUCUCAAGUUACUCUGGGGCAUUGCAUCGGCCUCCUACCUUCUUUACAGCCACGGCUACAGUUUACGGUUGCCCAGGAUCUGUUAACAGCCGGUGCAAGGGGCGAAGCAGUUAACAAAUUACUUAUUGGGGCCGUUCAAAGUGAAUUCCCCGCCGAGAGAGAACAGCUUAUCGAACUUCUCGUGAGUCACGGCGCAGAUGUGGAUGCUCAAAAUGGCAAUUGCUUGGUACAAGCCGUGAAAAUAGGAGACGUCAUUGUACUGAAAUUGUUGCUUCAAGGGAGACCCUCAUCAUCUUCCCUUUCAAGAGCGGUUGUUCCGGCAGUCUCUUUACGAGAUAGAAUCCUACGUUUCUCUAUUCUAGACCUCCUCCUUAACUCCAGGGAGGCUAGCGGGCCUCAAAUUAACCAAGAGCUGGUUACACUGCUUAAAGAGAAUCCGCUUGAUAUCGUGGCAGUGAACUUAUUCCUUGACAAGGGGAAAGCGGAUAUCAACUCGAAUAAUGGGGAGCCUAUCAAACAAGCAUGUCGAAUUAAUGAUCCUGAGCUACUAAAGAUUCUUUUGCAACACCAGCCUUCUGUUGAUGCACUAAACGCUGCCUUCCCUGUUGCUCUGUCAUCGCAGGACACCUCAGCCCGAUACAAGAUAUGCAAUAAGCUUCUUGCAGCUGGGGCUAAUGGAGAAGCACUGGAUUCAGGACUCGUCGCAGUUCAGCAGAGCCCACCGGCCGAUCCCCGUCUCAUUGAGUUGUUAUUGUCAUACGGUGCAGAUAUCAACUAUAAUGGAGGGGCAGUUAUCCAGAGAGCAAUCGAUAUGUCUGAUGAGAGACAACUGGCAUUGCUGGUAUCGAGAUUUCCGACGACAUUGACCCUUACACUGGGAUUGGAGCGGCUACUGAAAAUUGACACCCAAAAGCGAAACGAAAUGGCGAAGAUUCUUCUGGAUGCAUCACAAAAUCGUAUCCCUGAGGCCCUGGAUAGCCUGCUGGCAGAAGCAAUCCUCUUAAAUAAGGGGGAUGUUACUUUCCUGAAGAUGAUAAUCCAGUAUGGCGCUUCUGUGAAUUACCAGCAAGGUGCUGCCAUUUUAAAUUCCAUAAAGGGACGACGAUUUGAUGUUUUUAGCCUUCUACUGGAUCAGCAGGCCAACCAAGGGACACUUGAAGAGGCAUUCAAAGCAUGCUGGACUUUGAGAGGUACAGAGCGCCUGUCAUAUACUUCACGAGUAUUAGAAGGCGGUUACAAAGGCGAUCUGCUUGAUGCAGCGCUACUUGAAGUUGUUGAGGAGGCACCCUGCAGCCAUGAAGCUGUUAAAUUGCUUCUUACCCACGGAGCAUCCGUGCAUUACAAUCGAAGCCAAAGUUUAGUUCAUGCAGCAAUGGCUAAGGAUAUUCUGACCUUGGGCCUUCUCUUGGAAGCUGUGUCAGACAGGGCGGGCGUCACUUAUGCCUUUGGUAAACUGAUAUCUACGGAUAGCAGCAACUGGCUAACCAAGACUGGAUACUCAACUGUGGAGUUGCUUCUUCAGAAUGGAGCAUCCGGAGAAGUAUUAAGUCUUGCCUUAAUCGCCGCCAUCGAGACCUCCGACUCCAAUCCAAAAUCUCCUAAUUUCGUGGAGCUUUUCCUUCAGCACAAGGCCAACGUAGAUUACCAGGAUGGUCGUGCGAUAACAGCUUCCAUUUCAGUCGGAAAACCUCAGUUAACCAAGGAAAUACUGAAAUCGAGUACCUCAAGCCAGAAUAUUAACGCGGCGUUUUUAUGCAUUUUCAGCUCUGACUUGACUGAAGAUAUCGCUAUUGAACUAUUCGACAUUUUCACCAAGAUGAAUUUAGAUAUCCAGGCUCUGAAUGGCAAUGUAUGGUCCUCAGGUGAUGAAAGCGGGCUUCAUGAGCCUGUUACAUUUCAAUGUCUGAGGAAAUGGCCCCGUGGUUACAAGCUUCUAGGGCGUCUACUUGAAGCAGGAAUUCAUGUAGACAAACCAAUUUCCUAUGUGAUUGAUGAAGAACAUGGCUUUGAGCAGGUGUCACUUCUUUUAUGGGCACUUCUACAGCCACAACAAUUGAUCAGCCCUUAUGUAUUUGAAUGCCUUCUUAAGCAUGGAGUUGCUUCAGUAGACAGAACUCCAGAUGUUAUCCGAAAACUCAUUCAGCAUGGAGCAGUCGUUUCCGUGAUGGAUAAGCACGGUGUGACACCCCUCAUCCACGCCAGUAGGCGUGGUCAGCUAACAACUAUGCGCUGUCUCAUUGAUGCCGGUGCCAUGGUUGAUGACGGCAGCCUUCACGAAGCUUCAAGGGAGCUACAAUCGAGUGCUGUUCAACUUCUACUGGACCAUGGACAUAAUCCAAAUUUCCCUUCCAUGCUCCAUGAUGGACGCUGUGCUCUAGCUGAAUUGUGCCUCAGGGCUGAGUCACCAGGAACCUCGCUAGUUAAAACAAGACAGACAAUCGACGGGCUUAUAGCAGGGAAAGCUGACUUAACUAUCCAUAGCCAAGGGAAGCCACUCAUCUACCACGCCCUUGAUAAUCCCACAUCAUGUAUAAGCACGACAACUGCAUUACUCGCCAGCAAGAUGUGGCGGCUUAUCAAUAAUGAUUUCAAUCAUUACACCUGUGACGGAUAUGUUUAUUCACCGUCCACUUACGUGGCUAGAAGCCUUGCACAAAGCUCCUCAGAAUAUGGCCCUGAACUUCUUCGAAUCCUAAAAGCCAACGGUUGCAAAGAUGUGUUCUAUAAAUGUGAUGGACCUCAACCACCAGAUAUGGUUGGAGCACCCCCUGAAGUGAUCGCAGAAGAGAAACGACGCAAAAAUCGCCUCCAGCGUAUGCAAGAACAAGAGGAAGACCACCAAAUAUCUCUACAGCGUGAGCGUGAUGUUGCUGACCAGCAGCACCAAAUAAUGGCACGCACACACCAGCUCCGAACUCUACAUGAUCGCGAGACCGCAGAUGAACGAGACGCAGCAGCCGAGAGAUCCAACAAGCUCCAACUCCGCCUCGAAGCAGAAUCAGCUUCUCAGCGUCAACAUUUCGCAAGCCAACAACAUCUAGCGGAUCAAGAGCAGCUGCGUAUGAUGAACCAACUUCGUCUAGAGGCUUCUGAGAGGCAGGGGAGGUUACAAAUAGAAAAUGACAAACUCAUGGCCCAUACCCAACAUAACCUCUUAGAGGCUAAGAUGGCAGUGGAGUCGAGGAGGAUUAAAGAGCUUGAAGCUGCCAAUGAGAGGCAGUAUCAUAGAGAUUCAGACUUACUGUCACGUCAAGAACGAAUAUUAGCUGAUCGGAAGGCCUUUAUGACGGUACCUACGGCCGCCCCAGGGGACGAGGGAUCAGGCUUGUCGAUGCCAGAGCCUCAACGACAACUCACUUACACUGGUUCUGAGUUAGAUUGA